CCAUUUCCCUCGUUCAAAUCUAUCCUUUAAUUUAUUUCAAAUCUUUUUAACUUAUUCUCCAACUCUGUUUUCUCAUACAACUAUAAAUAUGUAUCGUCCCACACCAUGCUCUGCCACUCUCUCUCAUUCUUGGCUCUUAUGCGUUUGGAUCUUUCUUCCAUGCAGUCAAACCCAAUGCGGUGAAGAAGGGGAUCUCGUGAAACCCUUUUCUUCUUUAUUUCUUAUGUCUUCAUCGUUUUCUUAUUGGAUUUCGAUCUCCCCAUGGCAAUCGAAGCGCAGUUUUAUCCCAAGAAUCAGUUUUAUGCUUCAAACAAUUUGAUGGUGUGUUUCAAUUCUCAACCAUAUAAGCAUAAUCUGCAGCAACCUGGGCAACAACAAUGGCUACACCAAGCUAGGCAGAUGACUCAAACCGCGUCUCUUGUUGAUCCCGUCUUUUCUUCUUUUUCCAAUUCAAAUGCCCAGAUCAAUGCUUUUCACAAGUACAAUCAUAACGGUCAACUUUUAGCCUCCUAUCCUCAAAGAUUCGCUACUCAACUUGAUGAACAGAGAGAGAUCGAUCACUAUAUCAGAUCUCAGAAUGAAAAGUUGAGAGUUUUUCUGCAAGAGCAAAGAAAACAGCACAUGGCGGAGUUAUUGAAGAAGACGGAAUCGAAUGCUCUUCAUUUACUGAGACAGAAAGAUGAAGAGAUAGUGGAAGCAACGAAGAAAACGAGGGAGUUGAAAGAGUUUUUGAGAAGGUUGGAGGUUGAGAAGGAAUCGUGGAGAAAGGUGGCAGAGGAAAACGAGGCCAUGGUAUUGUGUCUUCAUAACAACAUAGAACGGAUGAAAGAAAGAGCGGUGCAUGGAAUGACAUCGGAGGAUGCAGAGUCGUGUUGCGACGAUAACGUGGGAAUCACAGCAUCGAUGGGGGAAGGAACAGGAGAAAAGAGAGAGAGGCAUGGUGGGGUAGGAGAAGUUGAAGAAACUAGGAAAAAGACAAUGGAUUGCAAACGUUGUAAUUCUCAAAAAUCGUGUUUUAUGUUUCUUCCUUGCAGGCAUCUCUGUUCGUGUAAAACUUGUGAGCCUUUUCUACAAGUUUGUCCUGUCUGUAGUACACCCAAAAAGUCUAGCAUAGAGACUUUAAUUGUAUGAUAUUUUGAACAUGACAUAAUUUUAUACAAAAUGAUCCUUUUGU